CAUCUCUCUUUCUCUAAUCUGUUCAAUUCUUAGACAACACUAACACCAUCAUAUAUUCAAUUCUAAUUUUCCAAAAUUCACAAUUCAUUAUCAACAUCUAUGGCAGCAAACGAGCAACCGGUACAAUCAGUUCUCUAAAAAUCGAAAUCGCCGGAGCUCAGAGACGACACCAACACCUCAGGCAGCAAACCAGUCCAGAGAUCCCAGCCGUACAAAAAGCCCCCUUCCACCGUCAUUCUAAUGAAAUAGAAGAGAAAAAGCUUUACUCGUCUCCGCCUCCGCUUCUACAAUCAAGAUUCCCACUACAACUUCUUACUCAAAUCAAAUCUCACACUCACAAACGGCAUCAACGGCAUUGAGGAGCAAGUAGAGCCCAUCGACCCAUUAAUUGGCCGUGUGUGUGUCGCCGAGCCACUGCGGCUAUGGUCAGUGAAGAGGUCAAAGAUUAUGAUAAGAGUUGUAGAGAAAUUCAGGGUUAGUGAACUGAGAGUGAUGAUGAGUUUGUUUGUUUAGGUGGGUUUAAGAAUGAGAGCCAAUUGAAAUGGGAAGAAAUUGAAAAUUGACGAGAGUAUUUAUGAUGAGUUUGGUAUUUGUUAUGAAAUUGAGUGUGAGAUUAGAGGGUUUUAGAAGUUUUUGUUGAGACUGCAAUUAAACAAGAUUAUGGAUUAGUGAGUUUGCUGGAUGGGUUUUUGUUCUUAGAGGUUUUUGUUGGUGAUGGCCGGACUGAGAUUAGUGUAAAUCACCGUUGAAUUUGAAAAAGAAAGAAAUGCAAGAAGAUGCCCAGUCAGCAUUUAUUUUACUUUUAGAUUAAAAAAUUAAAUUACCAUGUCAUAUUUAUUAAAAAUAAAUAAAUAUAAAUAUCACUUUUUUCUUCUACCACUCUCAUUAACGGAGAGCGUGACACACUCUCCAUUUUCCAUCCACGUAAGGGUCUCAAUAUUUGAUUUUGCCAAGUACAGGGAUCUCGGAGUGAAAUUUUUUGAAGUAGGAGCCUCUCGAACAAAAGUGGUAAAGUAGAGGGGCCUCCGUAUGGGUUUUGCCUUGCAACUGUAUAGUAAUUGAGUAGCGCUUGGGGACGAUGGCGAGAGUGAAACACACUGCCACCAAAUCUCGGAAGAAGCCCUCCGCAGCUGCUCCGACUCCUAGUUCGCCUUCUUCUCCGGCAACACCGUCUACAAGAUCAAGAACGCAGGCUCCGGAUACACAAAGGAAAACCAAACCUCAUCGUUACAAGCCCGGAACAGUCGCUCUCCGCGAAAUUCGCCACUUCCAGAAGACCUGGAAUCUCCUCAUUCCUACUGCUCCCUUCAUCCGACUGGUGAGAGAUAUCACUGGAGUACUCUCUGCUGAAGUUAACCGUUGGACAGCUGAAGCUUUGAUGGCAAUUCAAGAGGCAUCAGAGGGGUUUUUGAUUCAAUUGUUUGAAGACGGAAUGCUAUGUGCUAUUCAUGCAAAGCGUGUUACGUUAAUGAAAAAGGAUUUGGAAUUGGCACGACGGCUUGGAGGGAAGGGGCGACCUUGGUGAAAGUGUUACCUCAUAGGCAAGUGCAUCAUUGCUGAAUAUAACCAUUUUGAAAAGUAGUUAGUUGUUUGUCUCAUUUUGGGUGCAUUAGUAAAUAGUGUUUUAGGUCCCCUAAUAUGCCUGUUCAUAGUUAUGCGGUCAUGAUUGUUGGGCAUAUUAACCACAACUAGGAAGCAUUCAUAUGUAUCUUUUUGUGACAGCUUUUGGCAAUGUAUGCGUGGAAUUUACAAUUGUUUUUAA